UUCUUCACUUGUCUCAAUUCACACCACCCUCACAUCAAAUUCACCAUGGAGAUUAGCCAAGACUGGGCACCAUUCCUGGAUGUAAAAGUGAUUAGUGAUGAUGAUGUGAAACUUCAGCCAGAACCGGUGCUGGAUGAGUUGUACUACAGACCUGUCAGUUUGGUUGAUGUAUAUGCAUGUGUUAUUGAAAACCGGAAAGAAACAUCUAAGCUUGUAAAGCAACUGUCAGUUGAUCUUCCCCUGGGAGAAUUGCAACAUUUAAAAAGAGUUAAAUCUAUAAAAGAUGACCAUCUUGAAAUCAUCCUCGGUGUGAAGUCUUAUGUGGAAGAGUGCUGUAAACUGAGUGAAGUUAAGAGUCGUUACAACUCACUUGGAAAACCUUUCCUCGUUAAGGUUCCUGCUGUGGCACCAGAGACGAGAAAGCAAUAUGAAGAAUCAAUCCAGUGGUGGCCAGUGUCAUUCCAUGAGGACAAAAAAAUUGCUCAUCUCCUGUCUGGUAACUAUUUUUCUGAUGAUUCUCUUGACAUAGUCUAUAAACACAUGGAUCAAGCCAUUGACUUGGCACGGAAAGCCAAAGAGAAAAAUCAGAAACCUGUAGGAGCCAUCAUUGUAGACCCUGUUACGGACACUGUUAUUGCCAAGUCACAUGACCUGAGUUGUGGGGAUCACCCACUACAACAUGCUGUCAUGGUAGCAGUUGAUUUGGUUGCUCGGUCACAACAGGGAGGGAUAUGGAACCUUGAAGAUGAAGACAUGUUUUAUUGUGAUUGCACAAGGUCUCUAACAGAAGAAGAAAAGAAAUCUGGACCAUACUUGUGUACAGGAUAUGACCUGUAUGUUACAAGGGAACCAUGUGUCAUGUGCUCAAUGGCUCUAGUACAUUCACGUAUCAGUCGGGUAUUUUACGGCAGUACUCAAGAGUUUGGUGCUCUUGGCACCAGGUACAAGAUACACUGUCAGAGAGGUCUCAACCACCAUUAUGAAGUCUUCAGAUUUGUUUAUAGGGAAGAAUGUAGUGAUCUCUUUGAAAAUGGUUAACAUGUAACUCAAAAUAUAUUAUAUUUUAUUU